AUGGCUAGUCAGACAGCGCAAGGUGAAGAACCAAUUCUGCAGGUCUCUGACCGCUUCAAAAAGCUUUGCAAUCCAAGCGCCCACUACAGCCUUGGACAAUACCCAAGCCUGGUGUCUUUCAUCGGGGACACCGGAGUCGGAAAGUCGACUCUUGUGCGUGCAAUGAGAACAGUAGGUAUUGUCGACCAGAUGCAGACGUCAGGCGUCAUGGACUGGAGCCGAAUAUUUGGCUGCCAACUCCGUGGUCCUGUCACUCGGUCGACCUCCGACAAGAAAUCAAUGCGUCCGACAUCGGUUGGCGUCCACCUCUAUCGGGAUCAGGUGCUAGCACACGCCAAAGACGACCAUGGCAAUCAAGAUGACGUGCCCAUUCUCUAUGCAGACUGUGAAGGGUUCGCUGCCGGCAGUAUGAAGACGGACGCCGAGAGAAGCACCACCGCCAGCACUACGGUCCCCUCCAGGCCGCGCGGUGGGUCCAUCAGCUCACAAAUCGCACAGUCCAGAUCGAAUUCUGAUCUAAUUGCACCUCCUGAAGCUCAACCCAUGGUUGGAAUGGAGGGCCCUUUGUUGAUGGAUCUUGUCAUCAAGACCCCUGGGUUUAAGGAAUUGGGAAAAACCAGCGCGGAUGUGUUCUAUGCGCGGUUUCUCUAUGCCUUUAGUGAUGUCGUUGUGUUUGUGGUAAACGAGCAACAGAAGAUGAAACGCGAGAUGCAGCGGCUGCUCGAGUGGGCUGUGUCUGCGGUCAGAACCUCAGUCCGCAGAAGCUCACCCCGGACCUUGCUCGUUGUUCUGAAUGGACCGAAGGAGCAUUCCGACGCUUUGUACGAGGAUGCCGACCUCAACCACGAGAGGUUCCAAGACUUUGGCGAGAUCUGGGACGACUCCCGGUUGCUGUCGGAAUACAAGGUCGACCACGACAUGAAUUGCAGCCGCAAGGAGGAUAAAAUACACGACAACGACCAGUACUUCGGGCUCUUCUUCCGCGAAACGAAGCAGUACUCACACCUUCGCAAAUUGAUCGUCGACAGCGUCGCGUCGGCUCAAAAGGCCAGAUCCAAAUCCUACUUCCGGCACGACGUGGCAUCAGCAAUCAACUUGACGAACCGAGCAUUCAGACAUUUUGCCGAGUAUGAUGAUCCAUUCGAUUUCCAUAUCGCUGCAAGAAAAGAUAACCCUACCCCCAUCUCUAUUCCCGGCCACAUAGCGAAUCUACUGCGCCACUUGGGAACCACCGUUGAGAAGUUUGGCCGCUUUGAGAUCAUUGUGGCUAUAUGCUUGGUUGCCUAUAACUACAGAUUUUCGACGCUCGGUCGCGAACCUGAUGAGAUCUUUGACGACGGACUUGGGGAACUGUGUCUCAAGGGACUGCAGAUCUAUCAGAAGCAGUUUCUACGAUGCUCGCUCUGGAUGGACGACGGUACCAGAUGCGUCAACUAUACUUACAACCAUGAUCGUCACCAAAGCGAGAAAUGCCUCAUCUGGAAUGGCUCGAUCGAUCGCUCAGGCUUUGAGAAGGAGACCUCUGAUGUCGUUGCUGGCAUCAAGAAAGCUUUCAACUGCUUUUACUCGGAGCUUUGGAAAUCCAGUUCUCCAACGCUGGAAAGAACCUCAUCACUCCGACGUCGAAUCCUCGGAAAUGAUCGUGAGCCGACAAAUCCUCCUCUCACACGCGUUGGUACUUUCAGUUCGGAGGAUUUCAGGCAGCCAACUGCACUGUGGUCGACUGUGAGAAGCAAUAUGACCUGCUUCGCUUGUCUGCAAUAUGCGCCUGACCAUGUUCUGCCGUGCGGACACGGGUUUUGUGAAGAUUGCGUCAAAGACUUCGGCACGGUUCUACCUCAAAGAAGCUAUCAUUAUGCCUUGGACGAAUGUGUCUUGUGUGGCACAACAGCAGCCCAGUGGCACGAACAACGCAAUAAGCGUGCAGCAGCCCUCGGUAGAUUACCAGAGCCGCCUCUUCCGCAAUCGCAAGUCGCCAGACUCAGCCCUCGAUGCGGAGGCAUUAGGGUCAUCACGCUUGAUGGCGGCGGUAUUAGGGGUAUUGUCGAGCUAGCUCUGAUCCAGAAGAUCGAGCAGAGAACAGGAUUGGGUCUCCCGAUUGCCGAAUUCUUUGAUCUCGUCGUCGGUACCAGCACAGGUGGUAUCAUAUCGCUGGCUAUCACCAGUUCCCCCAAUGACAAUAGUACGAAGGAACUUUCCUUCAAGUUCCUCAGCCUGGCCGAGAAGGUGUUCAAGAAAGAUCGCUUUGGCGAACUAUGGAAAGUAGGAAUUGACAGGUCCAGGAUAGCAAACAUCAUGAUGGCUCUCCGGCUGAUCAAGAGUCGUUACAAAAGCGGGAAUCUCAGGUCUAGCCUGCUCACCUUCUUCGACCAGGACCAACCCAUAUUCGGUGGAGCUGUGACAACAUUCAAACAGAGAACGACACGGGUCGCAGUGACGAGCACGAGUGAUGGCGAACCUUGCCUCUUCACGAAUUACAGUCGCGCCUCUUACGAUCGUGGAGACCUGUCCGAACGUGACCAUUUGGUAGACAACAAGGGAUUCGAGCGGCAGGAUAACCCUGACAGUGAAGCUCGAGUUUGGGAAGCGGCGAUGGCCACGUCCGCUGCACCAGGAUUCUUUCGUGAAUGGCGGAUCGAUGAUCCGGAGAACAGGAGACAAGGCCAGGUCCCUUUCAGAGACGGCGCCUUGCAUUCCAACCUCCCAGUUCAAUGUGCCCUCGAAGAGCGCGACAGGAUCUGGCCGGCGCAUAAAGGCUACAAGAAGCCACUGGACAUCCUGGUGUCUUUGGGCACGGGCAAACAGCUGAAAGAUGUAAAAGUUCCCGGCUGGAUGGAAUUCGCUGGCGUCGCGGACAUCGCGGCAGCAUACUACAAGAACGUCGUCAAUACGGACACCGUCUGGGAGGCAUUUGCCAAGAGCCAGAGCAAGAACUUUUCGCCUCAUCACCACUUCCGGCUUACGGUCAAUCUGGAGGAACCCGUGGGGCUCGACGAUUGGGACAAGAUGCAGGACCUCGUCGAGAAAGUCGACAAGGUGUACGCGGCUUCGGAGAAAUCCAAAGACCCGGCGGGCCUGUGGAACCAGGUUGAGACGGUGGCAUACAAGCUCACGGCCUCGCUUUUGUUCUUCGAACCAGAGCGAUGCGAAUCUCUCCACGUGCGCGGCAGAGGGAGAGAGGAAAUCAGUGGCCACAUUCUCUGCCGGCUCCAGACACCCAGCGCGGCGAUCCGCAACCUCAUCUAUCGCAUCGAGGGAUUCUACCACCAGACCGCCCAGCGACACGAGACGGCCAUUCCCUUGCGCCGGGACUGGAGGGAUGCUCUCCUGCUGGCCGAGAGGACAAACCAGCCGUUCUCAAUCCCCUGCCGGCUGGACGAUACCGAGGGCGACACCGUUCCACAGAGCUUGCUCGUGAAGCUGAAGCCGCCGUCAGAGGCAGGACAGGCGGUGUCGUGGCCCAUCAGCGGGUUUCCGGUAACCCAUAAGGAGUUGAAGGCGGGGAUGCUGCAGAGGGGGAUCCAGUAA